AUGGAGGGUGUCGCGCUUCGUGCUGCCGUACCUGCCGCCGGGAUACAGGGAGCUUCCGGUGCUGCCGACUGUGGGGAAUCGCAUGAAGUCGUCGCAGCUGGUGCACUGGAUAGGGCUGCUCGCACUCUUCUCCUGCGCGUCCAUCUGGCUCCUGGUAAGGGCCAUGCCGACGUUCCUUCCGUCUCUGUUGCUCAUGCCUUGUCGCUUUGCGCCAACGCUCUCGUGGACUGUAUCGGCACCCCCUCCUGUUCCGCCCCGCCUCAUCCUCGUCACGCCGACGCGCCAACGGUCUCUUGGACUGUUUCGAAACCCCCGCCUCUCCCGCCCCGCCUCAUCCUCGUCACGCCGACGUACACGCGCGCGUUCCAGGCGGCGUACAUCACGGAGCUCACUCACACGCUGCGCCUCGUGCCGCCGCCGCACACGUGGAUCGUCGUGGAGAGCGGGAAUAAGACGGACGAGACGGCCAUGCUGCUAGAGCGGACGGCAGGUUACUGUGCAGCAGCGGAGGCCGGCGGGUGCCGGAAGCUGGAGUAUGUUCAUAUAGCCACCGGAGAUGACGAGGACCAACGAUGGUUCCGCGGCGUGGGGCAGAGGAACCAAGCUCUCGAGUACAUAGAAAGGGAAAACCUCGAAGGAAUCGUGUACUUUAUGGACGAUGACAACUCGUACGCGCUGCAGCUUUUUCAGGAGCUAAGGAAGAUUCAUCGCAUUGGGCUGCUGCCUGUGGGGUUCCUGUUUGGCAAGGACAGCCCCAUGCGCUCGUAUGUUGGCCGCCCCAUUGUGCGGGUGCCUUUGGAGGGGGUUGAGAGGGAGAGUGAGAGGGAGAGUGAUUCUUCUGUGGAGGGCAGCAGCGGCAGCACUGGCGGCAGCAGCAGCACUGGCGGCAGCGGCAGCGGCAGUGGCGGUGGCAGUGGAAGCAGCAGCGGCAACGGUGCUACUCCUGGGGCGGCAACGGUCAGCAAAGCAUCAUCCGCGGGCGCUAGAGGUGCUGGUGGUGGCGGCGGGAGUGGCUACGCGGGCGAGGAGAUGGAGCAGGUGGCACAGGCACGGGUGGUGGGGUGGGAGGCGUACGGCCGGCGCGUCCCCCUGCAGAGAGACCCCGAGGCACGGCGCUACAUCAUGGACAUGGCUGGGUUUGCUUUCAGCACGGAGGCUCUUCGCAACGGUACAGUCCAAGGGAAGAAGCAGUCCAUUCGCUUCCGGCCUUCAAAACGCGGCUUCCUUGAGACGGACUUCCUAGAGCAGCUCGUGACACACGAGGACGAAUUCGAGGUGUUGGCAGAUGGGUGCAGAGCGGUGUGGGUGUGGCACAAGCACAUGGAGGACCUCUCCUGGGCCACGUACCCCACGGAUUGGCAGCCUGAGCAGAGCAACCACCGCAUUCCCACAUAUGACUGGGUGAAGAAUGACACCAGUCACGAGGCUCGGGCUGGGCUGAUCGGGAGGAUUGCUCGCAUGGCGAAUGUUACGUUACCACCGAGUUUUGAGGAGAUGAAAAGGGAGGAUGCCGUGCGGGAGAAAGGGGUGAGGGUGGCGAAUGGGCAGAAGGCGGAUUUGGGGCGCAACGUGGGAGUAGCAUCAAGAGGGGAUACAGGGGGGAGGAGUAAGUUGCGUGGAAAGAGGGAGGAUGGAACAAUAAGUGUACAACAAGCAAGGAGAGGCAUGCAACCGCCACGAAAGUAA